AUCACUUCAAGAUUCGUGUCCCUUUCUCCAGAAGGAGUGUUCUUAUUUGCCCAAAGUGGAACUAGGUGCGUCACAACUGGAGCUAUUUUCCGUUUAGUCAGUGAAGGAGUGCUGGCUGGGAUAAAAGGCAGCGCCUGUCAGUGGCUUCUCGCCGUUCUUCUCCCCGAAGCAACACCAGCCAGACAUGUGCUCCAGCAGCUGUGCCAAGUGCCUUGGGGCCACCCUCAUCCCUCUGGCUCUCUGCUCCAUCGUGGCCAACAUUUUGCUUUAUUUCCCCAACGGCGAGACCAAAUAUGCUCAGGAAGACAGCCUCACUUUGUAUGUGUGGUUUUUCACUGGGAUAGCUGGAGGGGGAAUAGUCAUGUUCCUGCCAGCAACUGUAUUCAUGACAGUUGGGGACUGUGACAAAGAUGGCUGUGGGAGGAGCUGUGUGAUGUUUGGCUCAGUCCUGGCUGCUCUGAUUGGUGUAGCUGGUUCUGGGUACUGCUUCAUUGUCUCUGCACUGGCCUUGGCUAAAGGACCCUACUGCCUCACACUACUGGGCUGGAUGUACCCUUUCCAAGAUGGAAAUGGAAGGUACCUGACAGACCCCGACUCCUGGUCCAUCUGCCUGUCACCAGCCCAUGUGGUGGAGUGGAACGUCACCCUCUUCUCCAUCCUGCUGAUCCUCAGUGGCCUGGAGGUCAUCAUCUGCGUCAUCCAGGCCAUCAAUGGGCUUCUGAGCUGCUUGUGUGGGUCGUGCUGCAGCAUGGAGAAUUACAGCUUGAACGCCUGAGAGCCUCACCUGAUGCACAACCUCUUCCGCAAUGCGCUCCUCCUCAGCUCUGCGCAAUCUACAUGAACUCUGUAAGGGGUGGAGCUACAAUGAGCAAUUAAAAACUGACCUGUCUGUACCAGUCGCAAAGGUUGGCUGUCCGCAGCAAAAUUGCAUGUUUAAGUCAGGGAGUCAUUAGUAUAUGAUGGCUCCAGCCAUUUGAGUAUUCAUGUAGCCUCACUCUCCCAUGAUUCCUGAGGUUUUCAGGGAAGGCUGCAUAUAAAGCAUUUCAUAUUUGGACGUGAAAAGGUGUCACUUUAACAAAGCUUAGAGGGUCCUACAUUUCCUAAGAUAUUUGUUUUGAUCUUUACAAUUUGCUAAUAUCUGUGUCUUAACAUAAUUAAGGUAUGUCCUUUUAGGGAGGAAGUAUUGUGUAUAUGAUCCAUGUCUGAAACUGUUUUUAAUCUUUGUUUGAGGAAAUGUCUUCUAAAAUGUUUUAUUUUUACAAUGAGUAUGCUACCUUUAAUGAAGAACUCUUUUUAUAUCUACUCUUUUUAUAACAUCUGACAUCAGCUCUGACUUUUUUGCACUUGGUUGGUUUGGCUUAUGACAAAAAUAACAUCUCUUAACCUCCUUCAA